AUGUCAGAUCGGAUGGACGACGAAGCGGUGGAGAAAUUUGCACUCGACCCAGCUGUAGGCUGUAGCAUAAAGCUACAACCAAAUCCCUACCACCAACUCAAGCCACCAGGAGGACACCAUCCUCCCCUGGUCAUAGAUGAUGCCGAUGCAAGUACGUCCCAGUCGAAGCCGACACGGAAACGUGCCGUGGUCAAGAACCACAAGUGCGGCGUGUGCGGGAAGGCUUUCAGCAGGAACUCAAGCCUCAAACGCCAUGUUGCAACGCACACUGGCAAGAAGCCCUACGCUUGCCUCUGCUGCCCGGCGACAUUCGCGCGGAAAUGGAGCCUUGAAAACCACGUGCUUACGCACAGGGGCGAAAAAAAACACGGCUGUCCCACGUGCGGCAGAACGUUCGCCCGCAAGGACUCUGUCGCGAUCCACCUCCGCCAACACACGGGCGAAAAGCCGUUUCCGUGCCGCCUCUGCCCGGCGGAGUUCGUGCAUCGGUGGUCGUUUGAGCAACACUUGUUUACCCACACCGACGAAAAGCCGUACAGAUGUGAAGAGUGUGGCAGAAGGUUCGCGCAACGGGCGAGCCUAUUUCGCCACAACUAUGUUCACACCCGCGAGAAGCGUUACGACUGCGACAGAUGUCCGGCCGCAUUCUCUCUUAAGAGUACGCUGAUCAGACACUACCUUACGCACACCAAGGAGAAGCCGUGGAAGUGCGCACUGUGCGACAAGACAUUCGCGCAGAAGUCCAACCUGAAGGUCCACUUGCGGGUGCACACCAAGGAGAAGCCGUGGAAGGGCGCACUGUGCGACAAGACAUUCUCGCAGAAGUCCAACCUGAAGGUCCACUUGCGGGUGCACACCAAGGAGAAGCCGUGGAAGUGCACACUGUGCGACAAGACAUUCGCGCAGAAGUACAACCUGAAGGUCCACUUGCGGGUGCACACCAAGGAGAAGCCGUGGAAGUGCGCACUGUGCGACAAGACAUUCUCGCAGAAGUCCAACCUGAAGGUCCACUUGCGGGUGCACACUGGCGAACGACCGUUUCAGUGCGACUUGUGUCCAGCCACUUUCAACCGGCUGGCUCACCUGCAUAAUCACAAGCGGACGCACACCAACAAAAAGCCGUUUGAAUGCUGCGUGUGCGUCAGGAGAUUCACGCAGAUUGGUUCCCUCAAUAAACAUAUGCGCACAUUCCACGCCGCUCCCAGCGCUGGUGAGAGCGAGGUCGGCGACCGGGACCUUCCCGUCGUAGCGCAACGACCUGCAAAGCGAUGUCGGAAAGCUGCAAAGAACAAAGCCCAAGAAACAGUAUGA